AUGGCAGCAUCUGAAGAUCGGUUUGUGUUCAUAGUAGACUGGUUUGACCAGCCUGCCUCCUUAAUUCGUAAAUACCAAGUCACAUACUACUGUGUAGACAACACAAUUGAAAUGGUACUGUUAACGUAGUAUGACAUAAAAAACCGUCGCAUUUUCCUAAAAAGAUGCCAAUAUCCCACCAUCGCAUUGACUGAUUUAUUUAUCGGCGCCACUGUUACAAUAUAGCCCAUACCCAUAUAUAGAUUUCUGUAUCGAAACAGCAUGUAAUUGACGGUUGAGACUCUAUUAAAGGGAUGAGCUGGACUCUAUACCAAGAAGAGCUAAAAAGCGCAUGUCAAAAAUGGUGAAAAGUUUGCUUGUCAACCAUAUUUGGCAUGCCACUUCCUGGUGAUACUUCACCCGCCCAUUGCAUUUUGUAUCAUAAAGAAAUCUAUAUAUGGUAUGGGCUAUAUAUGCAAGGCAGCUUAAGGUCGUCGAGUACGCUGAUGUGUUCACAAGGACCCAUUUCGAGUCUCAAAGAGGCAGGACCUUUGCAAUGAUCAAGCCAGACUGCUACUCUCAUAUAGGAAAAAUAGUAGAUACCAUAGUAACUGCAGGAUUCAGGAUCAGCCACAUGAAAAUGGCCCAUUUUACUAUUGACGAUGCUCGACAGUUCUAUGCUGAGCACCAAGGCAAGCCAUUUUACAAUGAAUUAGUAAACUUCAUGGCAAGUGAUGUAGUUGUCGGCAUGGAACUUAUCGCAGAAAAUGCAGUCCCCAGAUGGCGAGAACUAAUGGGCCCUACAAACCCGAAUACAGCCAGAGUUGACGCCCCUAGAAGCUUAAGAGCUGUUUUUGGUACUGAAGGGUCACACAAUGCAGUUCAUGGAAGUGAUGCCCCAGCAAGUGCGACUAGAGAAAUCAACUUUUUCUUUGGCUUACAAGCUAAUCCAGCUGUGCUUAAUAACUGUACUUGUUGUGUGAUUAAGCCUCAUGCGAUAGAAAACGCUGGAAAAAUCAUUGAUAUGAUAUUAAAUGAAGGGUACGAAAUUUCAGCUUUACAGAUGUUUAGCAUUGAUAAACCGACCGCACAAGAGUUUUUGGAGGUUUAUAAAGGAGUUCUGCCAGAAUAUGUGGCAACUGUAGAUGAGCUGACGUCGGGGCCGCUGAUAGCCAUGGAGAUCAGACAAGAAAAUGUAGUCCAGAGCUUUAGACAGUUAUGCGGGCCAAUUGAUCCAGAAGUAGCGAAGAAUUUGAGACCAGGGACGAUUAGGGCAAGAUUUGGGGUCAAUAAAGUGCAAAAUGCAGUCCAUUGUACUGAUCUACCUGAGGAUGGAGCCCUUGAGUGUGAGUAUUUCUUUAGAAUUUUAAGUGGCUCUAACUAA